AUGCUCCGUUACUGCAACACCGAGUGCCAGCGCAAGGACUGGGCGGCAGUGCACAAGGAAGAGUGUGGCAUGAUCCAGAGCGUGGCACCGCACAAGCCCACAUCGUCGAUGCUCCUCAUGUGGCGAGUGCUCAUCCGACGAAUCAAAGAGGAGCAAGAGGGCAAGAGCCUGCCCAACUUUGAUCUCAUUCGCUACCUCACAACCCACAUUGACGCCUUUCCGAGCGAGAAGAAGGAACACUUUGGAGUGAUGGCUGCCCUUAUCAAGAAGAGUCUGCCCGCGACCCUCCCCACAGAUAUCACGCCGCAGGAGAUCAUGCACCUCUUCUGUCUGUUCGCGUGCAACAACUUUACUGUCAGCGACGGCGAAUUGAAGCCACUGGGCUUAGGCAUCUACCCUCCUGCUGCCCUCAUCAACCACUCCUGCGAUCCGAACUGCGUCAUCAUCUUUGAAGGCAGGCAAUGCACGGUGCGAAGUCUACGCGACAUUACCAAGGAUGAAGAAAUAACAUUCAAUUACGUUGAGGUGGGCGACCCAACAGAGACGAGGCGAAGUCUACCCGAAGUCACUCCUGCUCCCAAGGGCGUGAAUGAGCAAAAUGAGCUGAGGAGAGCGGCCAAGUACGACCGAGAAGGCGCGGAAGCGAAGAAGACGGGCGAUUUGGUCCUCGCCCGAAAGAAGUACAAACGCGCCUUCAAGAUACGACGCUCGUUGUUGCUGGCCCACGACCCGCUGCUCGGCUUCAACCUCAACGAACUGAUGAACCUUUGCAUUAGCCUGGCGCCUAACGUGGGCGAAGCAGCGUGGAGAGAGGCGCUGCUCUACUGCAGCGCGAGUCUGGCGGUGUUCGAGCGCAUUUACCCGCCCCGAUGGCCGCUGGUGGGUCUGCAGUACCUCAUCCACGGCAAGCUGUCGUUCUACCUCAAGUACACCGAGGCCGCACUCGAGUCCAUGCAGCGCGCGCUGCCCAUCCUCACCAUCACCCACAGUUCGGGCCACCCGCUCGUCCGCACGUUGCACACCAUGCUGGCCGAGGCCACGGCCGAGUGGAACUACGAGAAGGACCACAACCCUCGCCUCCACCGACUUUCGCCGUAG